UUGAGGAUUUGUUUACAAAUAAAUAUUUUUUGGAAUCUUGGGUUACUUUUGCUUUGCGGCCAAAUUUGUUUAUAUUCGGAUCUCCAAAUCUACUUGACAUCAAACUGUUGAUAAAUCAAAGUUUUCAAAAUGCGGAAACGGAUGCAAGUCAAAUACAAAGACCGAAAGUUGAUUGUCGCCUACGAACAGCAGACGGGAAACAACGAAUUCUUCACGUUCAAAGUGGCCCUACAGGAGGUACUGGAAGAGGACACUCUUUUUGUCCAGAAACUAGACUCCCAUUUUCCAGUGGUGGAAUACUUUGACGACGAGUUCGAAGAGUACUUCGAACUGAACCACACCUGCACCAUGCCACCGUCAGGCUCGGUCCUUCACCUCAAAUUCCUUCCCAGCAAGGAAUCAAAGUCGGAAGACGAAGAUGAAUCUCAACAGCAGGUGAUCGAAGGUACUUCAACUUCCUGCGACUUUCAAUUUGAGCCUCUUGAACCAAUCAUCAAAUCAGAAGCGACAGCUGCGGAGUACAAUAUCUGUGAAAGCCCUCCUAAGCAAAAUGAGAUGCAAGUUGUUGGGAGCACCAAUCAGAAGGAGAAAGAUCAAACUGAGCAGCCGUCGACCAGCCAAAAGAAGAGAGCCCACCAUAAAAAAACUCCCAGAUUCACCUUUGACAAUGUCAAGUUGCCUGUAUUCUCACUAAUGCUGAAGGAGUACAUUGACCAAGGUCUGUUGACACCUACGACUCCGAUCUUCGUGAAAGAGGUUGCCGAGCAUUUGUGGGCCCUUGUCAAGUACCCCACCCCCACGGAGUACACAAUUUACAGUAAAGCGCUGGUCGCCAAGUACCCGGGAGCCGGCAUGUACAAUCCAAAGACUGGUCAAAACCAUGACACACUGAAGAGCGCCAUUUCAGGCAGAGUUAGAAAUAUGAGACGCACGAGAAACAGAAAACCUGCCUUGUACAGCAGAAGCUGGACCGGCCCAAGGCUUGACAAUAGGAGCACAAAAUCCAAUACUGGAAUGAAUUGUAACCCUGAAACAAAGGCAACUGAUGAUAGUGAACUGGAAGAAGAUUUUGGUGAAUUUAUCGGCAGCAUGAUGGACGAAUGAGUUGUUAAAAAGUAAUUUUCAAUUAAAAUAUUGAUAUUAUUUUUGAUGCAAUAAAUUUUAGAUUUGUCUGGAUACGUACAAAAUGAGAACUUAAAAAUGAUAUAUUAAUAAUUCUAUCGGAGAGAAUUGUGAUCAACUGAUUUUACUUCUAGGUAAUUCAAUUUAAAUAAAGCAGCGAGUUAUAAAUCAUAAACUGCUCCAAUAAUGAUAUAUCUCUGUUAGAAAUUUAAAAAAAAAAUAAUAAAAAUCAUGAAAAUUUGUUACUUGAAAAGUUUGAAAAUAAAAAAAUAAAGUUUAAUUUCAUUUGAGUAUAGAUUUCAUCAAAUUUUACUAAAGGAAAUCUGAAGACAACCUUGUCAGUGAUAAAAAAUGUAGAAAAUUUACAAGAAUCAUGCACUGGGAUUUGAAUCGAUGCAUUUGAUAAAAGUAAAUUUCCUGAAUGUCAAAACUUUUGACUUUUAAUAUUAUAAUUAUAAAAAGGGUAGAGUUCAUGCAUUGUAGCUCUCAAUCUGCAUAUGCACUGUAAGCACUCUUUAUCCAAGUUGAUAAAAUAGAACUGCGAUGAAUGAUCAGCCUUGAAUAGAAAAGUUUCCUACAAACUCCCAGUCUGAAAUAAAAAUUAUUAAAUAUUCUUCAAUGUCUUUUGCUCUCUCUUAGGGACUGAUUAGUAAACAUGUCCACAUUGGCAACAUUGCUUUGAUUGCUUGGACCAUUAUGAAUACUAGAGUACAUAAAUUCUAGUAUAAUUAUAGUUCCAUUCGUU